UAUCAUUAACUAAAUUUACCUGUAGAAGUUUCAACAUUUCAUUUCAAGAUUGAUUUAUAUUACUACGUAAUUGUUUACAAAAUUAAUUUUCAAACACUGAAUGAUAAAUAUACUACGUUAAAUAUGCGUACAAUUUGUAAUUGUGAAAUUCCAUUAUUUGCCACAAGUGUAAAAGUUCAAUCAAGAGAACAGGAAGAAAGGAAAGAGAAUCACUUUAUAAAGGACAUUACUGCAACCUGAAAAAAAUGACUGCCAUUCAUUCAUACCAGAAAAGAGAGUUUAAUCCGAACCCAUUGGAUCUCGGACACGUUUCAUUAUCCUCUGCAUUUCAAAUACGUUUCGUAAGAGAGAACAUUGUUGAAUCUGGAAGAAUGGUAGGAUUGACACAAGAUAUAAAACCAUUUCUACAAGCGUCGAGAAUUUUUGGAUGUGGACCACACGUUAUAACCGAUGAAGAUAUUUUGGUGACUAAACGUGGCAUGAUAUAUACGUUUUUAUGGAUGUCCAUAUAUUUGAGUACCUGUAUUAUCGGUAUCUAUUUAAUAAUCAUUGAUACCGAAGUAGAAUACAAGAGCUUUUUGUUGACUCUUGCGAGAACAAGUCUAUCCUACAUUUGUCUUUUUACCGAUGCUGUUCUUUCGAUUGUCUGGAAUGGGAAAAUUCGUGCUGCCUUUGUCCAAUUACGAAACUUCGAUCGUACUAUCAGAUUUAAUGAACGUUCAACCAAAAGCAAUAAUGCACGUCGCAAAUGUCAAGCUUUAGUCUUAAUUACUUUCUUGGUUUGGUUUGCCGUUGGAUAUACGAUGUUUUAUGUGUGUGGGUGUACGUGUAUGUAUGUGCACAGUUGCGAAGAAUCUGCCCCGAUGUUUAAUGGCAUUACUUAUGGGAUGGUGAACGCGGCGAUAUCAAUGCAGCUACUGAAAUUUGUUGGGUUGUCCUUCGUCCUCUAUCAAAGGUUUCGAAGGCUUUGUGAGAUACUAUUACUUCCUGAAGAUGGGAAGAUCAUGGUGGUGGAUCAAGCGAGAAUGAACUUUCGUUUGGAAGAAAUAUGGUGGUUGCAUUGUUGUUUGUCGAAUGCUACUCAAAUAGUUAAUUCGGUUUAUGCAGCAUCACUUUUCUUUUGGAUCAUCAGUAUGUCUUUUAAUACUCUUUCAAGACUUUACACGAUCAAUGGACACGACGAAUUGCCGACUCUAUUACUUGUACGAGAAUCCUUGUUAAUUUCUGCUUGCAUUGGGAAUCUAUUUUUGAUCAUAGCGAUUUGUCAUGUUACUGCAUCUCAGGCAAAUGACGUAGGAAAAAUAGCCUUUUCACCACUCUCUUCGGUCAUUGGAAAACGAAAUUUCACACAGGAUAACAUCGAGGUUGCUGCAUAUUUUCAGCUAAGGAAAGUCUAUUUUUUUGCUGGUGGUGGUAUGAUUCGCAUCGAUCUGUCUCUUCUUCUUACGAUAGCUUCAGGAAUAAUGACAUAUCUGGUGAUCUUACAUGCCAAUAACGUGUGAUCUCUAAUACACAUCGAAGAUGAACUUCCACUCUGAUUCUCAUUCGUUAAUUAUUUUUCACGUGACAGAUUGCUUUGUUGUCAUUUUAUUGAUGUAAAAGAACUACGAGUACCUGGAAAGAAUAUAGUGAAAAAGGAUAAUUAAAUCGAUUAAUAUUUCAUCGAAACUAAUCGU